AUGGCUACCGGCGUCACUGCAGCAUUCGUCCUCCUCCUCGCACUGGUUGCACAUACGGAGGCGCCGACUUCCCCGACGGCGACAGGUGGCUGCACCGACGAGCUGCUGUCGUUCUCAGCGUGUCUUUCAUACGUGUCGUCCCCGCCCAACGACCUCAACGAGAGACCUUCCGCCAACUGCUGCGCCGCCUUCAACUCGGCGGCGGAGUCCGGCCGCGCAAUCUGCCUGUGCUACUUCGUACGCUACCCUAACAUCCUCGGGUUCCCUAUCAACUCCACAAGGCUCAUCUCGCUUUCUUCCAUUUGCAAUCCAACUCCUCCUCUUUCCUUGAAUUUCCUCUGCUCAGCAUCACCGGCUCUGCCACCUCUCAACAGCGCAGCGACACUGGGAUUCACCAUAUCUGGGAUCCAGGGUGGCGGUGGAGGAAGUUCAACAGCACCUAAGAUUGGUGGUAGGUCACCAAAAAGCGCCGGAAGAGGAAGGCCGUUUUUCUUUCCAUUGUCAUCAAAUGGAAAUGGCGCAGCAUCAACACACUUGUGCAGCAGCAACACUCUGCUACCACUCUCAGUAGCACUUGCCAUCUUUGUGUCACUCCUCAACACUCAAUAG